AGGUCGUCAGUCGUCGCCCAAUUGAGAGUUCGUGAGACGUCCGUCAGGCGAUCCGUAUCUUUAAGCCAUCAAUAUGUCGAAAGCGGCGAAGAAAACCCUCGAGGAGGCAAUCCAGUCUGGAAAUCCGGAACUGGACCUACAGGAGAAGCAGAUUGCGUCGCUGGAAGAGCUCCCAGGACUGUUGUCAUUGGAGAACAUCACAAGACUGACACUCACUCACAAUCGUCUGACAAUGAUCCCACCAGCAAUCGCCAAUCUUAUCAACCUGGAAAUCCUCAACUUGUUUGAUAACAUUAUUGAAGAGUUGCCAACAUCCAUCUCAUCUCUGAACAAGCUUCGUAUCUUGAACGUUGGAAUGAAUCGGUUAGAUGCUCUUCCACGAGGAUUUGGUUCUUUCCCUGUCCUGGAAGUGUUGGAUUUUACUUACAACAACAUAUCAGAAGGAGAAAGUCUUCCUGGCAAUUUCUUCAUGCUUGAAUCCCUGCGAGCCUUGUAUAUGGGUGACAACGAUUUUGAAGUUCUCUCUCCAGAAAUCAAGAACUUGAAGAAUUUGCAGAUUCUUUGUCUGCGCGACAACGACUUGGUAGCUCUACCUCGUGAAGUUGGAGAGCUGACUCGCUUACGAGAGUUGCACAUUCAAGGCAACAGACUGGAAGUUCUACCACCUGAAAUAGGUCACUUAGAUUUGUUGGGCAGCCGAUCGUGUUUCCGUCUGGAGGGCAACCCAUGGGUGCCUAUGAUUGCAGAUCAGCUCCUCCUUGGACCAUCACAUGUCAUGGAUAUGUUACGCAAUGAGUCCUACAAAUUUGUUUAUCAACGGCAUAUUUCAACUGGCAGUCAACCACCUCCGAAAAAUUAUGAAGCCAAAAACCGUAAGGUAUCUCGUAAACGAGAUACAGCAUAAAUCAGGUUCUGUGGUUUUGUAUCAGUAUUAAUAGUAAAUACACAAGGGAACAACAUAAAAAUGCUUAGCAGUUGUAUUCUCAUUUUGACCUCUUGAUUUUACAGUCUUUGAUUACCAGAAUAAGAGCUUAUCGGCAGGAUUUAAAAUGGACAUGGCAGGCUAACUAGUUAUGACUUUAAUAUCAGGUGAUGUUUAACAAAUCUGUCAGUAAUAACUGUCCUAGUUGAUAUGAUAGUAGACUAAUUUUUUUUCUACACGUCUUAAGAUUUUCAGUACAUGCGACAGCAGAAUCAGAGGCUGAAUGAUGCCUAGAACUAGUUUAUUGCAGUCCAAAGUGAUUGGGCUUGAAGUUCGUGAAAUAUUAAGUACAGGAAUCAAAUAAAAACAGGACUUCUUAUUUGAUAAUUUUGUGUUUAAAAUACAUAACAUUUACAUUUGUAGAAAGAAUUAUAGUUGUUAUGUUUAUGGUUACCAACAUAUGUUCAAAUUGCUAAAAGUGUAUUUUCUUAUUGAGUAAAGUGCAAAUCCAUUCUUAUUGUAUGUAAAUGUUAAAAAAAAGAUUUUGAAUUGGUAUUUUUUAAAGGUGGACAAAUCCUAAAAUUGAAAGAGAAACUUAGAAUUUUUAUCUAUUCUAUUCAAACCUGCCUGUCUUUUACAUGAGCUUUAGUUUUUUAUAUGCUUUAAUAUUUAUUAAUGUGUCACAUGGGAAUGAACUUUAUUAUUACUAAUGAAGUAAACACCUUGUUAAUGGAGUGACUAAUAUGGGUAUUCAGUCUUUUAUGAUUCACGAUGAAAUUGUUCAACAUGGAUAAGAAUAGGUGCUCUAUUUUUAGGACUUAAUA